AUGCCAAAUGCAGGGGUAAAAAUUUACAUCGGUAACCUUCCGGAACGAGCAAGACCGGAAGAUAUCAAAGAAUGCUUUUUGAAGUUUGGCACCGUAGUUAAUAUGGAGCUCAAAGGAACUUACGGAUUCAUUGUAAGCGUUUCUCUAUGUGGAGCCGCAGUGGCCCGCGAGUGUCGUAUGCGUCCAAAGGAUUUCCAAAUUAAUCAUGUUAAAAAAAGGGGUGCAUUGUUAUACCGUCUACGUUUAAGAAAUCCUUUGGGCGCAUUAGCUAGCAAACGUCGCAUGUGUGAUGAAGCAAUUAGUCAACUUAAUGGAUCCGACUUUCAGGGGUCUCAUCUUCGUGUUGAGUUUGCUCACGCCGAAAAGAACGGAAACUUUAAUAAAUUCAGAGAAGGGAAAUCCAGUGAUACAUGUUUUAAAUGCGGUCAAGUCGGGCAUUGGGCACGAGAAUGUACUAGCGCCCCUCGCGAGCUUGUUUCUCGUAAACCAGGUGGUCGAUACGAUGAUCGUCGAAUAACAGACAGCUAUGUUAGGGAACCAUACAAUGCUAGAGAAAACCGAGAAAAAUACGACAGAGAUGAAAGGUAUCCAAUGCCACCUCCUAUUGAACAUAGAGGAUAUGAUCGACCAUACGAUCGUUAUGGUAGAGAACCUCCAGAGGUAGAAUACAGAAGGGAAUAUCGUGGAUCUUAUGACAGACCUUAUGAGAGAGAAAGAGAUAGGCCUUACGAACGAGGCUAUCCUGAUCGUGAAUACGAACGUUACAAUAGAGAUAAUUACGAUCGUAAUUACUAUCCUGCUCCAAGAGAUGGUUACGAAAGAGAUGGUUACGAACGACGGGCAUUACCACCACCUGAUCUACCAUAUCCACCUAGAGGCCGAACAGGAUCACCACCACCACCACGUCGUGGAAAUGCGCCAAUACCACCUGUUUAUCGUGGUCGCUCUCCAUUACCACCUUCCCGCUAUCCUGAUCCAAUGAUCGGACCACAUCCGAUGAGACCACCAUCUCCUCGAACUGGAAUAGGUGGUAGAGUUCCACCUAUACCUUAUUCAGGGAGACAGCAGAGGACACCUAGCCCUGGAGCUAAAACAUUGCCACCAAGGCGAGGACCAAGGACACCAAAUUAG